UUCAGUGAAAUCGAAAGCGAAAAUGAAAUCUUUAUCCCCAAAAUUUUGAAAUUCAAAUCCGCGCUUAACAGUCUCUCUCUCUCUCUCGCUCUAUCUCUAGAGUAGGUCGUUGGCGAUGUUUUCCGGCAGGGAGAAUCCGAGGGGGAUGGCGAAUGUGAAGAUGGAGAAUCAUUUCGUUCAGAUCUUUGAGAGGAAGAGGCGAAUCGUCGAGCAGGUCAAGCAACAAGUAGAUCUCUAUGACCACCAUUUAGCCUCCAAAUGCCUACUUGCCGGAGUAUCUCCUCCGUCGUGGCUCUGGUCUCCGUCUCUACCUUCCCAAACCUCCGAGUUGAAUAAGGAGGAGAUUAUAUCAGAACUUCUAUUUCCUCCAUCCAGACCUUCCAUCAUUUGUCCUAGCAAUCGGCCCUUUUCAUAUCAACGGCCUGUCAGUUUUCUAGCUGACAAUGUAGUAAGACAAGACCUGACGUCUAUGGUAAAUAACCCGCUAGAAGAGCAGUUGCUUGAAGAGGAACUUCAACACGACCUCUCACACAACUUAGUCAGACGGGUUUCAAAUCAUUCUCACGAGCAGGGUGCUAAUAUUGCAUCUCCUAGAGAUGUCCAUGAGAAAGAGAGACUGCCAGAAAGUGUCUCAAUCGGUUGCAAAGAGAAUCAAAGUUGUCCAUCUCUCGAAUACUCCCAGAAUCAGAGAGUUGAAACUAAUCUUGACGCUACAUCUCCUGGAUGUAGCCUAGGAAAAAGGGUUCCCAAAAGUGUCUCAACUACUGGUUGUAAGCGGAAACCAUCACCUCUCGGUUAUUUUCAAGAUGAAACUGAACCAGACACUAGCCUUGACCCUGGAUUAUCACUUGCUAAGAUGCAGAGAUCAAGGUCACGUCAAAAAGCUUUGGAGCUUCGUAGUAGUGCCAAAGCGUCGAAAAGCCGUUCAAACAGUAGAAAUGAUCUCAAACCUUCUCCGGGUGGAGAUAUAGGCUUUGGGAUUGCUUCUUUAAGUUCUGAUAGUGUUAGUGAGAUAAAGUUAUUUAAGCAUGAUGAGAAUGAUGAAGAAUGUCGAGACAACGUAGAGAACAGUAAUUCUCAAGGUAAAGGAGGGGAUCGUAGUAGUGCCAAAGCGUUAAAAAGCCGUUCAAAUAGUAGAAAUGAGCUCAAACCUUCUCCGGGUGGAGAUGUAGGCUUUGGGAUUGGUUCUUUAAGGUCUGAUAGUGUGAGUGAGAUAAAGUUAUUUAAGCAUGAUGAGAAUGAUGAAGAGUGUCAAGGCGAAGUGGAGAACAGUAAUUCUCAAGGUAAAGGAGGGGAUCAGUGUAUUAAACGUAGUUUAACUACAGAGUCUCUUACCUUGCAUCAGAAAGUGGCUUCGGUGCAAAAAUCUUCGAGUGGGGAUUCUUAUGCUUCUAUUGUACCAGAAUCUCUACUCGAUUCUGGUCAUGCGAAAGACAUUGAUAUAUUACAGUCCAUUGAGACACUUGAUGAAGUAUCUGCCAAAGUAGAUGAGCAAGUGGAUGAUCCCAAAAGCAGAAGUUGCAAGGAAACAGCUAAUCUCAACGGAAGUACAAGAUCUAAAAGCUCAAGUCAAGGUAUCUCCAAGAGGAAACAUCAAAAAUCAAGCAACUCCUUUUCUGGUAACUUUCCAUCAAUAAGUUCAAAUCCCUCUCACUGGGCUGAUCAUGAAGUAGAAUUACCCCAAGUAAUACCUAUGACUAAUGAAGUUUCUAUGGUGACAGAUGCUGGAACGAGCAUCUUUCACUCUGAAAUCAUUUCAAGAUCCAGAAGUAAUGCUCGAGAAAAUAGAUCCAAGAUCGAGCAUUCAGGCUCUGUUGAGUCUUCUGCAAUUGACGUGGAGCCAAGAGAUUCAGUUUCAGUACUGCAAGGUAGCCAUGUAAAAGAUUCACUGAAUCCCUCUACUGUUGAUGUUGAAGGUUUAGUAGUUAUUACUAGCAACGAUCAAUCAGAAGAAAAGGGUGAAUAUGUUGACACUAACAGAUGUUCAAGUGCUGAAAGGGAAAGCCAAACUGGUAUCUCCCCAGAUGAGACCUUAUGUGUGGGUGCAAUCCAAGACUCUAUAUCCAAGACCAAGAUUUUGGGCUUUGUUGAGUCGUCUUCAGUUGAACCGCAGUCUAGACACUCAGUAAUGCAAUCAGACGAUGAAAGUGUAUUUUUGAAGCCUAUUGCUGUUACUGGUGAAGCUUUAUUAGUGGAGGAAGAUAAAAAUGGUGUAUCGAUUGAAAUUAGCAGUAUUUCAAAUUCUAGAAGCUUAAACCAAACAGACAUCACGGUAGUUGAGCCAUUGGUGGUUGAAGCUAUUCUUCAGGAAAGCGGUAUGCCGGCAAACUUGAUUGACUAUUCUAAAAGAUGUGAUAUUAGUUGUGGGUUCAAGGAAGUGCAGCCACUGGGUUCAUUGACCCAAGCUGGGAGUAGCCAAUGCCAUGAGAGAAUUAGUAGGCCAAGAAGCUCAGCCAUAGAAGAGAAAUCAGCAAAUGAAUAUAAGGCUCUUUCUAUUGGCUCUGAUCAUAAAUCGGCUGACAAACAGCUUGAAGUUAGAGAAGGGAAUUCAUCGCUGAGAACCCCUGAUCGCCCUGUUUUUGUGAAGCCUGAAUCACCCCAUUUUGAUGAUAAUGAAGAACACAACUUCGAUGAGGUUCCAGUGAAUAGUCGAGAAAAAUCAAUGAUGGAGAAGGUCCCCACACCAUCACCCGCUGCAAGGGUAUUUGAUGUCCCAUCUCUCACUGAAUCUGGAGUAAAUCUCUCGGCAGACAAUGAAAUUGAGGAUCACAAUGGGUUAAAAAUAGAAAUGGUACCAGAAAUGGAAUCGCAUGCAAGCCACUCUGGCUUAAAAGUGGGAGAGAAUGAACCUACAGAGUCAAAUACAUUCACUGGCCAUAUAGAUGCGUUGAAAAAGAGAUCUCAACAUGAAACAUCCUUUCAAAAAGGUGUUCCCCCAGUUAAAAGAGAUGUAACUUGUACAGAAACAGAUGAGUCUCAUGAUCCAAAGAGCUCUAUUCAGAUAUUUUUCUGCUCUAGUUCCUCCAUGGGGGGUUCCAGGCGGCAGAAUAAGCGGAGAAGAACCCUGGAAAAACCAACUAGUAGAGUGCUUUCGUCUAGCCCAGGGGGAGACAUUCUCGAGCUAGAUUCUGUUUGGGAUACAGUACAUCAUAAGGAAGAAGCCGCAUGUCCCAACCUCGAUAACUAUGACGUUGAGUUACAGAAGAUGCUAGGAUCUGCAUCUUCAGAUCACUAUGGUGUUGAGUUACAAAAGAUGAUCGGAUCCACAUCUUCAGCUGACUUACGAUUUGAAGAGAGUUACUUAUUCAAGGAAGCUGGAUUGAUGAGCCCUGCCUCACUUUCCUUCAGAACAGAACAGCCAAGUGUACAGAAGAGCCAAAUUGCUCCAGAUCACGGAGUUGGAUCAGAAAAGAUGAACUUUUUGCCAUAUGCUGGAGAAACCUCACAUGGAUUAGCUAGUUGCAUUGUUCACGAUUCAGAUGAUUCUCCUUGUUUUUCACCCUUGGGUUUGAUAAGCUCAGAUGAUGGAAGCCCCCCUGUUUUGGAGGGCUUUAUAAUCCAAACGGAUGAUGAAAAUCAAAGCGGCUCCAAAAACCAGUUAAAUCAUGACAGCUUCCAACUUCCGAGGACUACAGCAGAAAGUGCAGCAAUGAUAGAGCAGAUUUGCAAGUCUGCUUGCAUGAACACUCCAUCAUUACAGCUGGCUAAAACAUUUAAGUUGGAUGGAAAACUAGACUUGGAUCAGUCCAUUUCAAACGAGCUGUUUGAUGGCAUGUUUUUCAGUCAGAAUCUCGAGGGUAGCUCUGUCUUUGAUAACUUGGGGAUUAACCAUGAUUAUACAGGAAGAUCGUACACUGACUCCCUGCCUCUGUUUGGUGCUGGCUCAUCUGCUGAGACUAGGAAUCCUUGCACGUCACCAACUGAGAAGUUGUGGUAUAGAAGUUUGCAAAAGUCUUCCAGUUCAGAGAAACGAAGCAGUCAGACACCAGACCUACCUUGCAUUAGCGAAGAGAAUGAGAAUGUAGAAGAGGAGGCUGAGAACUUAUGUAUGAACACUCCAAAGUCUAGGAGGUUGGAGAAGCGAGGAAGCUCAAUUCCGGACCUUCCUUGCAUAGCUGAGGAGAAUGAAAACAUAGAUGAGAUAUCUGAAGCUGUCAAUGAAGGAUCUGGGUUUGAAAGGGAAAAUGUCUCUGCUGAAAGGAAACCUCAUGGUGAUGAUAAUGAAGACCCUAUGAAGUUUCUUCCAUCUGUUUCUGAAGCCAAGAUUUCUGUUGAUAGACAGAGUCUAGACUCUGUCAAUACUGCAUUCAGCUUUUCCGCUAAGUGCAACAGUGUCAAAAGUAAAGUGGGAAAGCUGAGUAACCGAAGAUUCACGGGUAAAGGUAAAGAGAACCAAGGUGGAGCAGGUGCUAGAAGAAAUGUUAAACCGCCUAGUAGCAGGUUCAGUAAGCCUAAGUUGUCUUGCAACUCGAGUUUGACAACUGUAGGUCCACGAUUACCAGAAAAAGAACCUAGGCACAACAACAUUGUCUCAAACAUCACUUCGUUCGUUCCACUUGUGCAGCAGCAAAAACCAGCGCCUGCACUAAUUACAGGCAAGAGGGAUGUCAAAGUAAAGGCCCUGGAGGCUGCUGAGGCUUCAAAACGUAUUGCUGAACAGAAAGAGAAUGAUCGUAAAAUGAAGAAGGAAGCUAUGAAGCUUGAACGGGCAAGACAGGAACAGGAAAAUCUGAGAAAACAGGAGAUAGAGAAGAAAAAGAAAGAAGAAGAUCGAAAGAAAAAGGAGGCGGAAAUGGCUUGGAAGCAAGAGAUGGAAAAGAAAAAGAAGGAAGAAGAGCGGAAAAGAAAGGAGUUUGAAAUGGCUGAUAGGAAAAGGCAGAGGGAAGAAGAAGACAAAAAGUUGAAGGAAGCUAAAAGACAACGCAUUGCAGAAAUUCAGAGACAACAAAGAGAGGCUGAUGAAAAAUUACAAGCUGAAAAAGAAUUGAAAAGACAAGCUAUGGAGGCGAGGACUAAAGCACAGAAGGUACUCAAAGCAGACCAAAGUAAUGCUGAGAAAAUCCGAGGACAAGCGAGAUCAAAGAGUUAUUCCAGUGAUGAUACCAAUGCUUCAAGAAGCUCUAGAGAUACUGACUUCAAGGUGAUAAGCAAUCCAGGGAACAUGUCUGAAGAACACAACAUGGGGAUUGAAGAAAUGGAAGAGUCGUACAACAUCUCUCCAUACAAAUGCUCGGAUGACGAAGAUGAAGAGGAAGACGACAUGUCAAACAAAAAAUUUGUUCCUACUUGGGCCAGCAAGAGCAAUGUCCGGCUCGCUGUCAUUUCCCAACAAAAUCUUGAUCCCAAUAUUAUUUUCCCUGCAAAAAACGUCUGCGAUGUAAGUAAAGUUCUUUUGCCGCGAAAGUUCCAAUCGAGAUAACAUAAACUAGGAGAAGCCAAAGGUCAGAUUCUCAGUGACAUUAAAACCACAAAAACAAAGUAAGUAUCUAUGUGUUUUAAGUUUCUUCUUAUCUUUUGCUGGAAAUGAGGAACAUAAAUCUUACUAGCUUUAAGCUUAAGAUUCCUUUUUGCUUUCUUAUGUAUCAGUGAAUGGGUAAUGUAAUAAUUAACUAGUCAUCCCCACAUUGACGCUCAUGUUCAUAUAUAACGGCUACUUCUAUUUUAUAUAUAUUCAUAGGUUCAGUUGAU